GUCAGUGAAUGGAAGGAGCUAGGGUUGUCCUGAGCUAAUUGCCCGACUAGCCUGUAUACCUUUGUUACAUUUUACAUCUUUUAUCUAUAUUUACCAACUGGGGGUCGUUUAAGAGGUCUGCAUCAUGGGUGAACCACAGCAGGUUAGUGCCCUGCCUCCUCCACCUAUGCAAUACAUCAAAGAAUACACAGAUGAAAACAUCCGUAAGGGUUUGGCUCCCAAGCCACCUCCGCCCAUCAGAGACAGCUACAUGAUGUUUGGCAACCAGUUCCAGUGUGAUGACCUCAUCAUUCGGCCUCUAGAGAGCCAAGGCAUUGAGAGGCUCCAUCCUAUGCAGUUUGACCACAAACGGGAGCUUAAGAAGCUCAACAUGUCCAUUCUUGUGAACUUUCUGGACCUGCUGGACAUCCUUAUCAAGAGCCCUGGUAGUAUAAAGCGUGAGGAGAAGCUGGAGGAUUUAAAGCUUCUGUUUGUUCACAUGCACCACUUAAUAAAUGAGUACAGGCCACAUCAAGCCAGAGAGACACUGAGGGUGAUGAUGGAGGUGCAGAAGAGACAGAGGCUAGAGACAGCUGAGAGGUUUCAGAAACAUCUGGAGAGGGUCGUGGAAAUGAUACAGGGGUGCCUCGCCUCCCUACCUGAUGACUUACCACAGAUGGAGGGUCCAGAUGGAGCUGGUGAUGGGACAAGGGGUGUCUCUGCAGCAGCGAAUAUUGGUUGUUCUUCUGGGCAGGCCCCCAGGCUGAAAAGUGAACCGAUGGAUGUAGAGGAAGCAGGUGCCAGCUGUAUGGCAGUAGGUCAACAGGACAAGAGCGUCCCUACUUCAAAGAGAGACAAAAUAUGGGACAAGGAUGCUGCUAUGUGCAGUAUUAUUGAUGAAAUUGCUUAAGUUUUAUGUUGAUUAGCCAUGUUUCUUUUCUGUAAAUCUAAAUUGUGUUUGUUAUUUUGUAUGCUGUACUUGGUGUAAGUAUGGAGAAGUUUGCUGUGCUUUCACUGGGCCUGUUAUCCUUUCUGGGAUGGUGUUUUAUUUCAAAGCUGUCAUGUAGAUAUUAUUACCACUUCCUGUUAAGAUAUUCAAAGAAUUUAAAUACCACACAGAUCAAUUGGGAUGCCAGCUUUCAGUUUUUGUAAUAAAACAAUUUUUUAAAA